GUCCUCCGGCAGCAGGGGCUCCGGGUCCACGGCCAUGAGGAGUUGAGGGAGAAACGCGACUGGCGGUUACAGAGACUCCAGGACAGACCAGUUUUUACGACACAAAAGAGGGCGAGGUUAACGGGAACACAGACGGAAGUUUCAGCUGCAAAGGGGAGCCAGGAUCGGGAAGUGUCGCAGACUCUGGAAAAUGCAUCAUUAUUGAGUAAAAAAAACAGUUUUUAGCCGUCGGAGAACAUGAUCCUGCUCCUGCUCCUCUCCCGGCUCCUCGCCUCGGUGUCCGCGGGCCCGAAGCCACUUCCCCCGGUGAACGUGGAGGUGGAGUCGGGGCUUUUGAGCUGGUCUCCUGGAGCAGACGACGCAGACGGAGUCACGUUCACGGUGCAGUUCAGGCGUUUCGGGGAGAAACGAUGGCAGGACGUCCCCUCCUGUGUCCACAUUGCAGCGCCCCCUUGUGACGUGAGUGCGCUGGUGCAAGAGGCGAAGCAUGGAUGUGUGCGGCUGCAGGUCAAAGGUCACAGACAAGGGGAGGAGUCUGAGGCUGUGGAGGCGUGUAGAAGAAGAAAUGACACAUGCACGCCACAGGUGACCCUCUCGGCCCUGCCCGGCUCGCUCACGGUGCACCUGACGCGGUCUCACGCUCUGUGGGACAAGCACGCUGACCACGCGAAGCACCGGGUCUGCGUGGGGCCGCCGGAGCGUCCUGAGCAGUCGUGCGCCGAGUCCCUCUCCUCCCUCACCCUGUCGGCGCUGGACGAGGGCCAGACCUACUGCACCACGGUCCAGUACACGCUCCACGGCAAACGAGAGGGACUGCCGCGCUGCCCCGUGUGUCAGGAACCGCCCCGGGCCGCGGCCGGGCACUUCUGGGUGAUCCCGGCCGUGGUUCUGCCGGGUCUGGUUCUGGGAUCCAUUAUGGCUUAUUUCAUCAUCUUUCACAGAGACAAGGUCAAACGGUGGCUCAGACCUCCACCACGACCGCACUCCCUCAGUCUGCCUCUGGAGGACGCUCUGGUGUGCACCCCCACGGAGGAACACUGCUCUGUCAUCACUGGAUUCACAGAACUCCACCAGGAUUAAACCAGGUCUAAAACGGGACUGAACCAGACCUAAACCAGGUCUAAGAUCUACUGUGGGGGAUAUUUAGUGUGAAUGUUUAACAGUGACUUUGUGGUCGCUGGGGGACAGAUGAGGAAGUGUCUUGCCCAGUGACUGAAGUGGCUGUCGGGAUUGAACCACUAAACUUAUGUGUCUUGCAUAUUUCAUCUGUUUUCAUAAAUAUCCUGCUUGGAUUUUGAAGCUGUGGUGCCUGAUUUCCAUAGAAAGAGGACGUCUGUGGUGAAACGUCGUGACUCAUGACGUCGUUUUGCCUCACGACCUCUGACCCUGGAGGAUCUUUAACCUUUACCAUCUUGUACGGACGAUUUCUCUGUGAUAUCGGACGAUUCUCCAGAUAUCGGUGUUGGUCCGAUAUUGAAAAUGUUGCCAAUAUUUGGCCCUGAUAUUUUUUCUGCACUGUUUCUGUCUCUCGCCGCGUCUCAGUUCGUCGGCUCCGUUUGACGGACACUUACGGCCCCCGUGCGACGGGGCCUGUCACAUUUCAGCCGACGAAUGCGGCGUUUCCAUGGAGAUCGGCGUUUGGCGUUGUGUUUUUGAGCAGCUCACGAGUAAAAAUAUCAUUUCAUA